CAAAAACCCAGCUAAAGCCCUCGCGACUUGUAUAGAGAAUUUCACUGAAGCAGCAAACAAUCAAUCUCCAAAUUCGAAUCACUGAAUCAUGUACGGCGGUGAUGAAGUAUCAGCAAUUGUGAUAGAUUUGGGUAGCCAUACUUGCAAAGCUGGUUACGCUGGUGAAGAUGCUCCUAAAGCCGUUUUCCCUUCUGUUGUUGGAUCAGUUGAUCAAAUGGAAGUUGAUAAUCCUGAUAAUCCGGAGGAUAAUUCCGGAUCUGCUCCUGACUCUAAAUCAAAGGGGAAGCGGAGAUUGUAUGUUGGAUCUCAAGCCUUGGGAUUUCGCCGUGAUCUCAUGGAGGUGCUAUCGCCCAUCAAGGAUGGGAUGGUUGUGGACUGGGAUAUUGUAGAGAACAUAUGGGACCAUGCUUUCAGGGAAUGCUUACUGAUCGAUCCAAAGGAGCAUCCGAUGUUACUUGCCGAGCCUUGUUCGAACACUCAGCAGCAGAGGGAAAAGGCUGCAGAGAUAAUGUUUGAAAAGUACCAAGUUCCUGCAUUGUUUUUGGCCAAAAAUGCUGUUCUCACAUCUUUUGCAUCAGGACGUGCAACUUCUUUGGUCGUUGACAGUGGUGGAGGAUCGACUACUGUUGCUCCUGUUCAUGAUGGAUAUGUUCUUCAAAAGGCGGUUGCUACAUCUCCUAUUGGGGGAGAAAUUCUUACCGAUUGCUUGAUAAAAAGUUUGGAACAGAAAGGCAUUACGAUAAAGCCUCGGUACUCAUUCAAGCGGAAGGAGAUCCGUCCAGGAGAAUUUCAGACAGUAGACCUUGACUUCCCUGAUACAACAGAGAGUUACAAACUGUAUUGCCAGAGAGCGAUUGCAAGUGACAUAAAAGAAUGCGUCUCGCGAGCCCCAGAUACUCCAUAUGAUGACAGUUCAUAUUCAAACAUUCCAACGACGUCUUAUGAGCUACCUGACGGGCAAACGAUAGAAGUCGGAGCGGAUAGAUUCAAGAUUCCUGAUAUUAUUUUCAAUCCAUCAUUAGUUCAGACUAUCCCCGGUAUGGAAAGUUUUGCUGAGACUGCUGCUUCUCUUCGUGGUCUAUCACAAAUGGUUAUCGAGAGCAUAAACAAGUGCGAUGUGGAUAUCCGAAGAGAACUUUUUAGUAGUAUAUUGCUUGCUGGGGGGACAGCAUCGAUGCAGCAACUCAAAGAACGUCUGGAAAAGGACUUGCUAGAGGAGUCUCCUCAAGCAGCGAGAGUCAAAGUGCUGGCUAGUGGAAAUGCUACAGAAAGGAGAUUCAGUGUUUGGAUAGGGGGCAGCAUAUUGGCAUCUCUUGGUUCCUUUCAACAAAUGUGGUUUUCGAAGUCCGAGUACGAAGAGCACGGGGCAUCUUAUGUUCAAAGAAAAUGUCCGUAAGAUGAUUGCUUGCCGUUCUGUUAUAUUUUGGUGGAAAGCACUGUAUCUAUUUGACUAGCAUCAAGCAAAGAUGUUUUUCCAAGUGGACUUGCUCUGCUCAAGUCUUGUAUCAUUAGGAAUCUGUAUCACUGCAUACCAUUGUUCUGUAAUGCAUUGGUAGUACCAGUGUACAUCCAUAUCGGACUUGCACCGAUGACUAACGUAGUAGGAAUCAGAGUGACGUGCUAUUUGUGUCUGGCUGUUAGCUGUACCACUACUGAAGCUGUUCAAUGAAAAUGCUAGAUUAAACACCUUGUGCUUGCUAAGACCUUGUUUGGCAACUAAGUGGACAAAGACCCCUUUGUAACACUUGGAAGUUUACCGAGAGAACACCGACGAUGGGUCAAUCACGGCGUUCUUAUGUCUAAAGGUUGAAAAUUGGCUACCUCAAGUGAUGAAGCAAGAAGUUCUAGCAAAAUCCAAUCAAGCAGUGAAAUGAUUGUAUGAUAUCUCAGACAAAAGUUGGUCUCAUUCGCUUUUUCGAGGAUGCAGUGUGUAUUGUGAUCGCUUGUUGGGUCGAAUCUUCUCUAGAGGAAGAAACAGAACGUUAGGUGGUUUAGGCAUGAGAGAUCCCACAGCUAAUAUGACCAUGAUCUUGUUUAAAGACAAUUAAAAAUUUGGUUAAAAAGAUUUUCGUAAAUUCUCA